CUUUGAAAGCCUUUUCUCCAGUCCCCCACUUGACCUGUUUAUGGACUGGACCACCGUCAAAAGCCACAAAAAAAGAUGGAAUAGAAUAAAAAAAAGUCCAAAUACAGAAUUAAAUACCGAAAUUACACACAGACAAAGUUGAGAGGUCAAGAGCAGCGUAGACCCAAAAAACUGUUCAUAUUCAAAACCCAGGAAUUCACCCACUCAUGCCUGUGGGUGUGUGAAAAGCGAAAGCCUAAACAAAUACCCAAAAGGGGAGAAAGCACAAAGGGAGGUGAUUGACUGAUUGUGGUGGACGACAGGGCACCCGAUGGACCCUGCGGCGUUGGAUAGGAUUAUUGAGAAGCUUAUUGAAGUACGAUCCUCAAAGCCAGGGAAACUUGUGCAGCUUGCAGAGUCCGAGAUUAAGCAGCUUUGUUUUGCAUCUCGUGAAAUUUUCGCUGCCCAGCCAAAUCUUCUUGAACUUGAGGCACCCAUAAAGAUUUGUGGUAAAUUGAUCUUCAGCACUCUUUCAAUGUCAGUUUUGUUAACUUGGAUUGGAUGCUGGCUUGUUUCUAAGCAGUUUAAACUGUCUAUACAUAUUUCAGGUGACAUCCAUGGACAAUAUAGUGAUCUUCUAAGGCUUUUCGAGUACGGAGGUUUCCCUCCGAAAUCCAACUACCUAUUCUUGGGUGAUUAUGUCGAUCGCGGUAAACAGAGCCUGGAGACAAUAUGUCUCUUACUUGCGUACAAAAUCAAAUUUCCCGAAAAUUUUUUCCUGCUUAGAGGAAACCACGAAUGCGCAUCCAUAAACAGGAUAUAUGGAUUUUAUGACGAGUGCAAGCGCAGGUUCAAUGUGAAAUUAUGGAAAGCCUUCACUGAUUGCUUUAAUUGUCUGCCUGUGGCUGCCCUUAUCGAUGAUAAGAUACUAUGCAUGCAUGGAGGACUUUCCCCUGAUCUUAACAAUCUUGACCAGAUUAGACACUUGCCUCGCCCGACUGCUAUCCCGGACACUGGCUUACUUUGCGACUUGCUCUGGUCAGAUCCCGAUAAAGAUGCUAAGGGAUGGGGAAUGAAUGAUAGAGGGGUUUCUUAUACUUUUGGCCCGGAAAAAGUCUCGGAGUUCUUGAUGAAGCAAGAUUUGGAUCUUGUCUGUCGUGCUCAUCAGGUUGUGGAGGAUGGGUAUGAAUUUUUUGCAGAUCGGCAGCUUGUUACGAUCUUUUCGGCUCCAAACUAUUGUGGCGAAUUUGACAAUGCUGGUGCAAUGAUGAGUGUUGAUGAAAACCUGAUGUGUUCUUUUCAGAUUCUCAAGCCAGCCGACAGGAAAAACAAGUUCAUGAUGUCCACUAAAUUGUGAUGCUUCACUAUUGCUUAAUAUAUCUAAGGAACCAUCAUUUUAUAAUUAGGAAAAAGUUACAUCUUCACCUCCCUGGAAAACCCACAAGAGUAAAGAUUAAAGCUUUUAUUUCAAGAAGUUGCCUUUUGAAUGAAUGUUUAUAGGUGCCAACUUUGAAGUGUGUAAAAGUUGGAAGUUGUGCUCAUCCUACUUCACCCCUUUUGAAAAGGGUGUUGGAAGAUAAAGUUGUUUGCAAGAUUAAGACAAUAUCGUGUGCACCUAGAAAGGGUCAACUUUGUGUACUUUUGUUCGAGUAUUGCUUGGAGAGCCUUCAUGAAUGAGGUUCUUUGUUUUAUGAUAUAUCUUUAGGUAGGGAUAUCGUCAUUUACUAUCAAACUAAAUUGCGAGAAGCAUCAUCCAUUGAGGGCCAGUUGCUUUGAACUCAUUCGUUUGUCUUUUUUGUUUGGUUCUACAAUCCUUUAACCUUCUGAGCAUGGAAACUAUCGACACUGUUUGAAACUGUUUGGCAGAUUGUUUUGCUUAAGGUGGAUCAUGUUUUUGACCCAGGAUUGGACUUUAGUUAGUUCGGUACUUGUGAAAUUGAGUAAAGUUGAACUUAUGCAAGGCGCUAUGCAUUUCCAUCAUAGUUCUGUUUUCAAAUUUUAGCCUAGAGGUGAAAUUAAGAAGAGCAAAA